GGCAGCGCUAUUGUUUUCUUCCACAAGCAAGAGGGAAACAGCGCCACCAAGAGGCCACAGCCGAAAGAUAUAAACAACUAGCAAGCACUGUGAAGAACCGCUGGAGACCACGCCAGUGCGGACGGGACUCUUCUGACAAGACACACGCGCCAGCACACAAACAUCCAGCAUGAAAGUGAGACCCCUGGAUUAGCCCACAUCCAACCAGGCACCAUCUGAGUGGAAUCUGGGCCUGGAAGAGGCAAAGACAACUGCAGUCAUCAGCUGAACUUUCUUUGGAGGGUGUUCCUUUUCCCUUAUAUGGCUACAGAGCUGAGAAAUCAUUUGAAUUAGUCUGGUUUCUGUUGCAUGCCUGUCUGGUUUUAGUGCUGACUGAGUUCCAUCUGCUGUGUUUCUGUCUCUGCUGCGUGCCUGUGUGGGAGCCGUGUGUGUGGCUCCAUUUGUUUAUUUUGCCGUCUUAGUUCUUCUUUUCCAGUUGUUUGCAUGUGGGGCUUUUGUUUGGGGACAAGAGGAGAGCUUGUGUUUGUGGUUAAGCUAGAGGCAGCGUCAUAGCCUCAGGGCUGACUGCUUCAUUCAGACUCUUGCUGUUUUUCCUCUACCUCCUGUCGACCCCCCCCCGCACUGCUGUGAUGGUCUGUGUUUGUUGGAGCAACACACCCACCUCGGUGCAGAAAACUGCAACCAAAAACUGAAGCAGGGUCUCAGCACUGGAGGGUAUCAUCAGAAAGGUGGACUGGAGCUUCUGCCAAGAAGCAGGGUGUUGUAACAGUGGACUAAUCUCACCAUCAGCUGGAAGCUUCUUUCCUCCCACGAUGCAACAGGAUGUGUGACCCAACAGGAGCCAAUAGGUGCACAGGAAAUGCCAGCUGAUACAGACGAGUUGGGUUUGACACUUUGAUCAUGAAGAAAAAGACCAUGGCAGACAUAAACACUUGAAUAGAAUGGUGUCAGGUUCAUCAACUCAUGUGGAUGACUUUUAUGACCGUAUCACUCAACAUUGAUUGCCAUGGCGACGGCGGCAUGGUAUCAUCGCGACAUCAGCCGCGUGCACGCAGAGGACUUGCUGGCACGGGCAGGGAGGGAUGGCAGCUACCUAGUGAGAGACAGCGAGUCUGUGCCAGGAGCCUACGCAUUGUGCCUGCUGUUCCAACGUCAUGUUCACACAUAUCGUAUUCUCCCUGAUGCAGACGGCCUCCUCGCAGUCCAGACAACACAGGGGGUGCAGGUGAACUGUUUCCGGACACUGGAGGACUUGGUGUUGGGAUACCAGCAUCCACACAAAGGCCUUGUUAUGCCGCUGCUCUACCCUGUUCCCCGUGACAUCGACACAGGGGAUGAGAGCUCAGAUGAUGAGAAGCCACCUUCAGUUCAGCUUUUAUCAGGACCACCAGCUAAACCAGGCCCUCCUGCCCCAUUCCUUGAUAAAUUACAGGAGCUGAACACAUCCAGCACUGCAGGUGACGUGAUGGGUCUGCUCAAUGACUACCUCUUCAGUGAGCUCCCUCUCGACAUUGACAAUGUGCAUAAAGGGGCAACAACUCUAUGCCACCUCAAGCGUACUCUGGGUACUGCCUGCCAGGGCCUGAACAGUGAGAUUGACCUGACUCUCUCAAGUCUAGAAACCCUGGCGAAGGUGUUCGACCAUCCUAGCUGCUCUUUGACACACAACAAGGCACAGGGCCCAGAGAUGGACAUAGACAUCUUGUUGUGUAAGAUUUCAGCGUUGGUCAGCCUCCUUUCUUCACUGGAGAAAAAGGUGUUAAAAGCACUACAAGACGCUGUGACCAAUCACAAUCUGGCAGUCCAGCCCACUCCACCCCCACCUGAGCCAACACCCACCAGCAGAGCACCUGUAAAGAACCAUGUCAGACAGGUGCCAGUUCACUCCUUUCAGGUGAAGAUGGUGAGGUACGGCAGACAGACAGUUUCUGUUGAUGUGGACACAGGAAUGCUGCUUUUUGACAGAAAAGCUGGUUCAUUCACUGUUGAAAAGGUCUCACAUGACAGAAUCCUUCAGAUUGUCAAGUUCCAGAGCAGCCCAGCCAAGGUUUGCAUGGUGGUUGACAGUCACCACAACACACCAAGGGAGAUGACGUUUGAGAGCACACGGAAACGCGACUCCUUCUGCCAACUCCUCCAGAUGAUGAAGACCAGACACUCUCAGCUGAGUGAACCUGACAUGGUCUCUGUUUUUGUUGGCACCUGGAACAUGGGUGGAUUCCCUCCUCCUCGCAGCCUGCAGACAUGGGUGACCUGCUGUGGUCUGGGACACACCCCCGACGAGUCGACCGCCUUGCUCCCUCAUGACAUCUACGCCCUGGGGACCCAGGAAAACCCUCAGGGCGAGAGAGAGUGGACAGAACAUAUCAAAGCAACCCUUCGCAGCUAUACUCACAUUGACUUCAAACAAGUGGCAGUACAGUCCCUCUGGAAUAUGAGGCUGGCUGUGUUUGUGAAGCCGGAGCAUGAAAGUCGCAUCAUCCAUGUGAACACAGCCAGUGUGAAGACUGGCCUGGGGAACACAUUAGGAAACAAGGGGGCUGUUGGGGUCUCGUUCCUCUUCAAUGGAACAUCUUUUGGCUUUGUUAACUGUCACCUGACUUCUGGAAGUGAGAAGGUCCUGAGGAGGAACCAGAACUUUGUGGACGUCCUCAGGCUCCUUUCUCUAGGCGACAAACAGCUCGGUGCUUUUGACAUCAGCCUGCGCUUCUCUCAUCUCUUCUGGUGUGGAGACCUCAACUACAGACUCGACUUAGACGUACAGGACAUCCUGAAACAUGUGUCUAAGAGAGAGUUUGAGGAGCUCAUGUGUGCAGACCAGUUGACCCGAGAGAGACACAAGAGGAAGGCCUUCCUCAAUUUCAAGGAGGAAAAGAUUGCAUUUCCACCCACCUAUCGGUAUGAACGGGGCUCUAGAGACUGCUACCUAUGGCAAAAGUACAAGACUUCAGGGGUGCGGGUCAAUGUGCCAUCAUGGUGUGACAGGAUUCUGUGGAAGUCCUAUCCAGAGACGCACAUAAUUUGCACUGCGUAUGGUUGCACAGAUGACAUCUUCACAAGCGAUCACUCACCUGUUUUUGCCACGUUCCAAGUGGGAGUGACGUCACGGUUCAGCUUCAAAACAGAUCCGAACCCCGGCAUGGAGAGGGCCUGGAUAGAGCUUGAAGGCGUGGAGGCCAUUGUGAAGACUGCGAGCAAAGCAAAGUUCUUCAUUGAGUUUCAUUCAACUUGCCUUGAAGAGACACGACGCUCAAGUGAGAACGACUCGCAGAGCUGCGACGUUCCUGGGUUUCUGAAACUAGGCUGGUCCUUCAAACAGCUGCCUAAGCUUCUUCCAGUCCUGUCUGACAUGGAGUAUCUUCAGGAUCAGCACCUGCUGCUGUCUGUCAAGUCAUGUGACGGCUUUGAGUCAUACGGUGAAUGCUGUGUAGCUCUGCGCUCACUCACACGUGCAUCAGAACAGUUUGAGACGUUCCUGAGUCACCGGGGUGAAGAGAUGGGCUCCAUAAGAGGACGCGUCAGGGUCCAUGUGCCCAAAGACAGGAGAGGAACACGGGAGAAGAUCUAUGAGUGGUUCUGUUUUGAGAAAGAUGAUAAACAGCCUCUGAGAGGACACAUGUCUCCUGCAUCGACACGGGUCCAAAUAAACAGGCCCUCUCCAGUUCCUCCUAAACUUACUCCGAGCAGCUACACCAAUCCUGCCUACUUCAUCUUUGAAGGCGUGUCGGUGGCACGCAGGGUGGAGGAGGCCCUCCCCCAGCAAAGAGACCCUCAGGUGAUCUGGUCUGGUAAUGAGGCCUUGCAGCUCCCGAAAAUCUCAGGACGUCAGGGCUUUGAAAGACGACCCUGUCGCAGGUCAGACUUUACAGAGAUCGAAAUUCCCGCCAUCCUGCCCCAGUGCACUCCAACCAAUGACCUCCAAACACCCCAAACCAACUCUUCCUAUCAGCUGUUCCCCGCCAAGGACCCGUCUCCCAUUUCUCCACCCUCCAGCAACGCCAUCUCACAGUUUCAGGAACCGGCUUCACAACCCAGAGACAAAUAUCCAUGUAAAAAUACUGUUCAGGAUUCCAUACUGCCUGUAAAUAACCUGAGGAACCUGUAUAUGAAUCACUCAGCGAUCAUUAGGGAAAAGAACAGAAGGGAUCAACAUCAGCUCCUCUCAGAGAGGACCAAUCCAAUCCGGGCUGCCAAGGUGCCGUCAGCUUUCCCUUUCACCCCCCCUCACUUAGGACCCUGUCAGGCAUCUGUUCCCUGGAUAGUGGAUCAGCAGCCACCUGGGCCUACAGGGGAUCACUCCCUCACUGCUUUGCAAAUUGCCAAGUCCCUAAGUGAAGUUGACUUCUUCCCCUCAGAGCAGAGAGGCCCGACCAUAACCAACCAGAGGCUAAGUUACAGAAACGGCCCUUCGAUGCAUGGAGACAGGAGCCACAGCUGGGAGAAAGAGCAGGUGUCUGUGCUCCAAGGGGCACCGGAGACAGUGCGGGAGCUUCUCAGCACUCUGGGUCUUCAGAAAUACACCCUGGGACUCAGUCUCAAUGGCUGGGAUGAUCUGGAUUACUUCAGCGGCAUCACUGAGGAGGAUCUACGGGCUGCAGGAGUGACGAACCCUUCGCACCGACGCAGGAUCCUCGAGAAUCUGCCCAGGAACUGGAACUGACGCUCAGAUACAACAAACAUGGAUGGUGCAGAGCCUCCUUGUCUGCUCAUUUAUUCCAACUGGAAGAACUGGUAGAGCUGAGAUCCGACUGAUGGGAUAUCAAUCACAGCAGCUGGACUUUACCUCAGUUCAUCUUUUCAUUUCUCAUACUCAAUCCAAUCACCUUAGUUGAACUCCUACCCGGAAAUGAAAAUCAGAAAAAGAAAAAUAGGGCUUUUUUAAAAAAUGUUUUUUGUUAAAGCAUUUUCUGACACAAAAUAGAAUUUAUACAUAAUAGCUAGAAAAUCUCAAAUUGCACUUUUCUUGAUAAGGAAGACUCCAUCUGUUUACUCUCCGUCUACAUUAUAUAUUUACAGCGACAACAUCGACAGUUCAGUUGCACGAAAGCUGUGUCCAGUCUAUUGUGGAGUUUGAGUGAUGCUGUGUGCCAUGAAGGGACGUAGCAAAGAUUAGACUGAGUGAUUUACACCUGAGAGGAUGGCAAGUGACGUUCUCUGCAGCGAGUGAGCGUGUGUCUCUGACAGGCAGAGUUCAGUGAACGCUACGGGACAGAAGUUCAGCCAAGCUGCACGUGGGUAAAGUUUGCUUUCAAAGUUUUCUGCCAAAAAAACCUCAACACUAAAACUAACCUGUAACCAAACUGCAACUGAAAACUGAAGCCAGUAAGAGUUUUCUGCCAGAAAUGCAAUUUCCUCCUAACAGCAGCUACAGCAACACAUAUUCAGCUCCCUCGCUAUUUGUAUAAAGUUGAUGUAUAACAAACAUAAUUUAAAAAAGCCCCGAUGUUAAAUUUUUCAGAGAUGGAUGAAUAAGAAAAAACACAAUGCUAUUUUGGCGACAAAAUUAAAUUGAAACACUGUGACGAACAUUAAUAAUCUAAAAAAGUCGUGUUUUUCAUUUUCCAAUCUUCAUUUCGGAGUACGAACAGGUUUGAGACGAAGGUACACGGAUUGUACUCGUUGCACAGUCUGCUUUAUUCAACUGUCCAUCUUGACAGACAGUCAGAGGUGGGUGAUGUGAAUGGAAAGCCUUGAUAUGUAUCUCUAGUUACUGACUCAUACACAAAUGUUUAUCAUGGCAGCAAGGACUCAUCGAUUUUGUGUUAAAUGAUUUUUAAAGGACCAUAAAAAUAUAAUUCCUCAAUUUCCAAUGUUCACACGAGGCUAGUGUUUCCUGUUUACCUUCAUCCCUUCGACUGUGUGCUUUCUAAUUAUUCUGCUAUUAUUGAGCCUGGACCUGAGCUUGUAAAAAGCCCUCUAUCAAACCUAUGGAGCAUCAAAUCUGUAGCUGUACCUACUGGAACAUUGUCUGUAAAGUUCGUGUGGGACCAGUUGUACUUCAUUUUGUUUACUGUCUCAUAUUGUUGCUAUCAUGUCACUUAAUCAGCACCUAUGCCCACUCUGCAUGUUUUAUGCAGCCUUUUCAAAGUAAAGUGCAUAAAGCAACUCUCGAUUGUUU